CAACUAAAAUCCGGAAUCACAACCAUCACAAACGGCACAUCCAUUAUCGCCAAUUUUUGCUGUGUCCAGACCUGUAUACAUAUAAGAUCAUGGUGCAGCCAAAUAUUAAUCCUGUGAUUAAUUCAAUGGGGCCUGACUGGCUGAGUGCUGAACAUAGUACAGGGACUUCGAUCAUGGCUAUUGAAUUCGAUGGUGGUGUUGUUAUUGGAGCGGAUUCUCGUUCCACCACAGGAGCAUAUGUUGCAAAUCGUGUUGCUGACAAGUUAACAAAAGUGACUGAUUAUAUUUAUUGUUGUCGGUCUGGUUCUGCAGCAGACACUCAAGCCAUUGCAGAUAUAGUAACGUAUCACUUGAAUUUCCAUCAAAUGGAAUUAGGUGCACCAGCAUUAGUAGAAACUGCAGCAAAUGUAUUCCGCGAAAUGUGUUACAACUAUCGCGAUUCUUUAAUGGCGGGUAUCCUGGUAGCUGGCUGGGAUCGCAGGAAGGGUGGUCAAGUUUAUAGUAUUCCUCUGGGAGGAAUGUGCACUCGCCAACCUAUAGCAAUUGGUGGUUCUGGUUCCAGCUAUGUAUAUGGUUACGUAGAUGCACACUACAAACCUAACAUGACAAAGGAUGAAUCUGUAGAACUUGUAACAAACACACUGGCUUUGGCAAUGGCGCGUGAUGGUAGUAGUGGUGGUGUCAUUCGACUUGGUGUAAUCACAGAAGCUGGUGUCGAUCGAAGAGUCAUUCUAGGAGACCAACUGCCAAAAUUCUACGAAGGAUAAACUCACAGAGCAUCCCCAAAUUUAAAACAAAAAAUAAACUCUGGUUUAAGAGAUACUAUGUACUUGCUGUACCCUUCACGGUGAGAUUUCCAUUUGCUAAAUAAAACUACUAUAAACAGAA